AUGCUGGGCUUCUUGCUGCUGCUGCUUCUCCCCCUCGGGGGGGCUGUAUGCGCAGCUCCCGACUGCCUCUGGGGAGCUGUGUGCGCGGCUUCCGACUGCAAGUGCUUCCCCGGAGAUGCGUGCUGGCCGUCGCAGGGCGCUUGGAGAGCGCUCAACGAAUCCGUCAACGGUCGGCUCGUGGCCACCAUCCCGCUCGGGUCCGUCUGCCACGGCGCCACUUACGAUGCCACCAAGUGCGCCAACCUCAAAGAUGUCUGGCACAUUCCCGAAACCCAUACCGACACCUCCAGCUCCAUCCUGGCUCCCUACUUUGCCAACCAGAGCUGCGACCCUUUCCUGCCGCCCUCGUCCCCGUGCUACGUCGGCACCUACAUCCAGUACGCCGUCGACGUCGCCGCCGCGUCCGACAUCCAACAGACCCUGGCGUUUGCCCAGAGGCACAACCUGCGCCUCGUGAUACGCAACACUGGCCACGACUACCUCGGCAAGUCUACCGGCGCGGGGGCCCUGGGUGUCUGGACCCACCAUCUCAAGACGUUCCAGGUGCUCGACUACAGCUCCCCGGCCUAUGCCGGCAAGGCCGUCAAGAUGGGUGCCGGCGUCCAGGCUGGCGAGGCUCAAGCCCAGGCGUUCCAGCACAACGUGACGCUCACGGCUGGGGUUUGCCCGACGGUCGGGCUGGCAGGAGGGUACACCCAGGGCGGUGGCCUGGGUCCUCUGACCGGUCGAUACGGCUUCGGGGCCGACCAGGUGCUGGAGUGGGAGGUCGUCUUGGCCGACGGGACCCUCGUCACUGCGACUCCCGACUGCCACGCCGAUCUGUACUGGGCUCUGACCGGCGGCGGCGGCGGCGCCUACGGUGUUGUCGUGUCCAUGACCAUCCAGGCGCACGCAAACGACAUGACGAGCGCGGCGAGCCUGGCCUUCUCCCACGCGGGCGACUCGUACUUUGACGCCAUCAAGGCUUUUCAGAGGGUCACUCCGGCUCUGGCGGACGUCAACGCCACCGGAUUCUGGACCAUUACCGACGCCAGCUUUUCGCUCGGCCCGGCUACCGCCCCCGGCAUCACCAAGGAUGCCUUGGACAAGAUCCUGGCGCCGGUUCUGCAGAAACUAAAGGCCCUCGACAUCCCUUACAACUAUACCUCGGCUCAGUUCGGCAGCUACUACGAGUGCGCCAGAGCCUACAACCCCCCCGACUACAGCCCGGGUUUGCAAAUCGGCGGCCGACUGGUGACGCGAUCCGACUUCACCAGGAACGAGGACGGCUUCGUCGACGCCAUCAGGAACGUCAUCAGCUACGGCGCCGCCGUUGUCGGUGUGUCGUUCCGGGCACCCGCCGCCGGAGGACCGUCCAACUCCAUCAACCGGGCAUUGAGAGAUGCUUUCAUUUCAUGGCAAAUCGGAGUCCUCUGGAACGACACUGACUGGGACUUGAAUAUUCGAAACGGUCGCCUCAUCACCGACACGCUUGUUCCGGCAUUCGCCAAACUGCUCCCCGGCGGCGGCUCAGCGUAUCUCAACCAGGCCGAUUUCCGAGAGAAAGACUGGCAAAGGGUCUUUUACGGAGCCAACUACCAGGCUCUGCGCCGCCUCAAGGCCAAGUUUGAUCCCAGCGGGUUGUUCUGGGGGCCUACCGUUGUGGGAAGCGAGCAGUGGGUUGAAGCUCGAGACAAGAGGCUCUGUAGAGCAGCUUGA